AUGCAGGCUGCGAUAGAAUAUCUCAGACAGCGAAGAGGUCCGGGAGAAGACCACGUUAUUGUGACCGAGCAUCACACUACAAAAAUCUUCCAGCAGCUCAGCACACUCGAUAUCACCGAAGAAGACCACGAUGGUACUACUUCCACCCCUAUAUCGAAGUUGUUGGGACUUACCAAUGAUAAUCCUUUCCGAGAUUUCGAGAGACCACUUAACAUCCCUCGUAAAGUCCAAGAAUUCUGUAAUUACGUUCAAGAAAACCACAAGAGAGGGUUGAAGGAAUUUACUAGGAAGAGAUUGGUGGAAGAAUUUAUUGACAACCCGUUCCCCCUCUAUCUCCGACCCAAGGAGUAUAUGCUCACUGCGAAAGCUAUCAAGCGAACGCAUGAUUGCUCAGAAGGGAAGAAAGUGCUUCCUUCCGUCUACACGCAGCUGGGUGGGAAAGGAAAGUUCAGUACUCUAGAUCGAGUUGACGAUGAGAUUGGAGAAGAGAGGAAGGUGGAUGAAGAUGAAGCUUUGAAUUUAAAAAUACAUCUCUCUAACAAGCAAGAACGAGAGCUUCGAGCAUGGCUCCAAGAUCGUACGGAGAAGAUCACUCCCCAUCUCAAUCAUUGGAAAGGGAAUAUCGAAGAUCAUCCCAUCUUACGAGAAUGGCAAGAAGCUGCAGAAAGCCUCCAAGAUUUGGCGCGAGUAAUCCCUGAACCGAUGUUCCCUUUCUCAAGCUACCAGAUGUUCACCGAUGUGCCAAUCACACCUGACCGAGGGGGUGACAUGACAGUCUGGGAGGAUGGUCAAGAUGAGCUUGGGGAUGUGUCGGGAUGGGCAGACGAUGAUAUUGGAGAUGAGGCUUACAGAGUUGAAACUCUCGAGAAAUUCGAUGGAAGAAUACUGCCAACAACGACACAUACUAGUGCGAAACCUCUUCGCUUUGGCAGCACUGGCCGGAAAAGCUAUGAAGAUGAUACGCUACAUUGGCCUAGACAUGAGUAUCAACCCGAGGCUGACUCGCCAAGAGAUGACAUCUCGAUGAUGGAAUCAUCAACAUAUGCCCCGCACAACAAAUUCGAACACCCUGAUGUGGAGUAUUCACCCCAUGUAUAUAGACCAACGCCCAUCUCAUCACCUACAAGCGGUCACAUUAAAACUUAUUGGUCACCCAAUCAUGAUGGUCCAUACAUAAGUCCCGAAUGCUUAGAUGGUCCGGCUCCGGUCGAAGAAUUUCGACCGAAAUGGAAUGAAUCUACCGAGACUAUUCUCAAGGAGUGGCUCGAUCCUGCAGCUUUUCAAACACCUUCACCGAACCUGGAGAUGCAAAUGAACAAUGCAAAUCAGUCAUAUCAAACAACGAGUCACCAAGACCAGAUCAUCGCGCAGAACCAGUGGGAUGAAGGAAUGAGCACGCGACGACAACCUACAUGGGAUCCCGCUGCUACAAUGCCCGUGAAAGCUUCCGGCUCAGUCGAACGACACUCGCAUGCACACUAUCUAGCCUCUGAUCACUUCACCCAUGUUGAUGGAAUGGAAGGUAUGUUGGCAAAUCAACGUGACUGGGUGGCGACACCUGAAGUUCCGACGCCCUACAACGAUUACCAACCCAAACUCGCUACUCCUUAUUGGGAGACUUCAUCCCUAGCACCGCACACCAUUGCCCCUGAACUCAUCAAUCCCUCUCAUCCUAUCGUUGGUUCAGAAACAUCUCUCGAGAAUGAUGGACAUGCAGCUUCUCCUAUGACACCAUCUAGACCACGAUGGGCUACUCAACCACCGUCUCGAGUGGAUGAUCACCGGGGAUUGGAUCAGAAAGAAUCAUCGCAGCUUUUCACGAAAGCCAGGAGUGCGAACACCAGGACACCCGAUCAGUUUUCUCAGCCCGCUCUAGUCCCGGUCAUCUCGCACAAACGAGCCACUCCAUCUUCGACCUCAGCAGACCAACAGCGAGCAACUAAAGAGUUAGCCGCGACUAACAAACUCUCUCUCAAAGACAUUGUACUUGCUCAUAAAGCAUCGAGCGAUAAUAGAGACAAGAAGGGCAAGAAGAACCCUUCAAAAAGUGACUCGUUCAAGAGACCUUGUGCUCCGAACAUGUUCUCCCUCGAUGGGUACCUCGCUCUUCACCAACGCAACGAUCUCCUUAGCAAGUCGGGGAAGAAGUAUCACGAGAGCAAGAAAGAUGAGAUUGAUAAACGACUUGAGGAAGAAGAAAGGACCCAAUGGAUGUCUGAUCCAUGUAUCAAGAAUCCCAAAUGGUAUAACAACGCUAUAGAACAUCCAACUAAUACACCACGAGAGGGCUCUUUCCCAAUUCUAGUGGCAAUGUCAAUCUUCCAGAAUCUCCCCUUGAUCCGAGCUCUUCGAUCGGAAGGGUUUUUGUUGGUUGAGAGGGAAAAUAAGAUGCACUCUGUCGACAUGGUUCUCUCACCUGCCAUCGCUGUACUCGUCCAAGAUCUAGCUAAAUUGUCAUAUGGCUACGAACAAUUACUCAAAGAUGUAAAAGAUUCAUGUACGAAGUUCAAGAAGGUCAUAGUGAUCUUUGAGACAAUCUCAUUCGCUAAGUCUGAAAAGGACCCCGAAUCGAAGAUAAAAGUCAACCCGCCCACAACAGAUGCUCCACAGGGGCUUGCUACUCUCAGAAGACUCCUUCCCAUCGCUUUGAAUAGUGUCAGGGAGACUAUAGGAAGCGUCGAAUUGGUUUUCGCAUAUGAUGGAGCGAGCCAAGUGGCGAAGAACCUGAUGUGGCUGAUGGACGAUGCAGGGAAGAAAACUUUGAAGAAGGAUAAGAAAGGAUAUCAAGAUGUUUAUGGGGAUAGAAAAUGGUUGGAAGAUGAGCCGGAUGAACAAGAGCUAGAACUGCUCAUGACUCAUUUCGGACUCAAUAUCUUCUGUGCAUGGUAUGCUACCAGUCGAUAUGGUACGGCUCAACGUGUGGUUACGGGGAUGGACGAUGUACAAAGGAAGAAAGCUUUCGAGCAUGUAUUUGGGGAGACUGCUGUAGAACGAUUCAAUGAGGAGAUUGCGAAGAAAGAAAAGGUAUUUCGAAAGGUUAAAUAA